CGUGCUGCCAUGGCGGCCCCGCCCCAUCCCGGCCCCGCCCCGCCUCUCCCGGCCCCGCCCCGCCCCCGCGGCCAUGGCGGCCCCGCGGCGCCUCCAGCUGACCCUGGCGCUGCUCAAGCCGGACGCCGUGGCCCAUCCGCUGGUGUGCGAGGCCGUGCACGCCGCCAUCCUCCGCCACCGGUUCCUCAUUGUCCGCGCCAAGGAGCUGCGCUGCGGCCCGGAGCAGAGCCGCCGCUUCUACCGGGAGCACGCAGGUACGGGCGGGGCUAGGCGGCUCCGCAGCGGGGUGCUGCCCGGGCCCCUGCCGACUCGGUCCGUGCUGUCCGCAGGGCGAUUCUUCUACCAGCGGCUGGUGGAGUUCAUGGCCAGCGGCCCCAUGUGGGCUUACAUCCUGGCCCAUGAGGACGCUGUCUCUCUCUGGAGAUCCCUGAUGGGACCCACUAAAGUGUUCCGAGCUCGGCACAGCGACCCAGACUCCAUCCGGGGUGCCUACGGCCUCACGGACACCAGGAACACGACCCAUGGCUCAGACUCGCCUGCCUCGGCCAGCAGGGAGAUCGCCUUUUUCUUCCCCGAGUUCGACGAGCGGCGCUGGCUGGAGCGGGAGGAGCCGCGCUGGCGGCGCGGGGAGCUGCGGUACAGCGCCGCGGAGCGCGUGCACCGCCUGCCGGGGGCCCGGGGCGCAGACUGAGCCGGGCGGGCACAGCUGGCCGUGUCUGGGGACGGGGACAGGGGACAGGGGGAACCGUGUGCCGCCUGCCGGGGGCCCGGGGCGCAGACUGAGCCGGGCGGGCACAGCUGGCCGUGUCUGGGGACAGGGACAGGGGACAGGGAGCCGUGUGCCGCCGUGCCGCUGCAGUCGGGCUGCUGGUGUAACGGGAGGGGCUGGUGCUGCACAGAGUCCCCAGCACUGCUCGUGCUGGCAGCCCGGCCAGCAGCUCACUGCCCCUGACUCUGGCUGUGAGCAGGGCAGCUGAGUUGGUCAAGGGCCACUGGAGGAUGGGUUGCCUGUUCCAGAUGGGACUGGCCUGGGAUUGCUGAUGGCAGCCUCAGGUUCUCCCUGCUGGCUGUUCCCACAGUGCCUUAGGGAGAAAAGGAAAAAGAGCAUGAAGAAAGGCAUCAGCAGGGUAAAAUAAACUGUCCUGUCCUUGCUCACCUGCACCUGGGCUGGGAAAUGAGGAGCUUUGCCAACAGCUCUUCCUGUGAGAGCACUUGGAGCCCUCAGUGCCCAUGGCCUGACUGGGCACACGGGGCAGUUCCAUGUCCGUGGGAAAUGGGUGGACAGGACCAUUGAAUUACCCAGAUGUGUGAUGGAAUGCUGACAGGGUGCUGCAGGAGGGCUGAGCUGGGAGCUGCAGAGCCAGGUCCUGGCAGCUGAUUGCGUUUCUCUCUGUGAUGCCACAUGAGAUGUGUUGUGUUCCUGGACAGGGUUUCAGUUGGUUUCUGCUGUUUCCCUGCGAGCUCCUGACAGUGCUGCCAUUUUAGUUACAGUGCCUUGUAGUACUGGGGGAAUUUCCAAAUUUCCAAGUGCUCAGCUGUGCUGUGCUGUGCUGGGCAGGAAGGCUGAGCUGCUGCUCCAGUGCCCUGGCACAUCCCAGAGCAGGGCAGGGCUCUCCAGGUGCCUCCACAGCUCCCUGAGGUGUUGGGGGUGAGCAGCAGUGCCCUGUGCUGGCGAGCCCUGCCCAGAGCUGCCGUGGCUGAGCUCAGCACUCAGUGUUUGUGUCCCCCCUGCUCCUGCCUGGCAUCCAAUGUCACUGUUUGUUCCAGGUGCAGAUCCAGGUCAUCACUGCUGUCCCUGUCCUCAGCAGAGUCCAGGUGGAUCUGCUCAGGAUCCUGUGUGCCUUCACAGCUCUCAGAGCUGCUGUCCCCAGUGCGGGUGAUACUUCAUUGAUGUUUUAUCAAUUGUUUUAUUGGAGGUUUUGCUCAGAUAUGCGUGUUUUUCUUGUCACUAUUAAACUUUACUAUUUUUCA